AGGUAGCAAAUGGAGUUUCUCUAAGGAGGGCAUACGUGCUUUCUGGGUUUCCUAAACUCCCUAGAGGAGGGGCAGGGAGCUCUCCGAGUGAAAGCCUGAGUUCUGGAGAGUCCCAAAAGGGAGAGCCGGCAGUGGAUGCAGUGCUCCGACAUGGGAACUGACUGGGACCGGGUGGCUGGGAGCUGACUUGACCUCCGGGUUCCCCAGCAAUCUUAGCUCUCGCCUUCCUUGGAGUUUAAAGGAGGUGGUAGGGAACAUGUCUUGGCUGAGAAAACCCAAACCCCUGCCCCAGCCGCUGAUUAGGGUUCCCUGUGCAGUGGAUACACCAAGAAGGCUCCUUAGGAUCUUAGUCUUUAGAACUGGAAGGAACACUGGAGAUCUUUGUACAUUUGGAAAAAUCGAGGCCCAGAGAGCAGGAAGAUGGCGGACAUCUUACCCCAAAUGGAACUGUGCCCCUACUGUAAGAAACAAUUUAAACGGUUAAAGUCUCAUUUACCUUAUUGUAAGAAGGUAGGAACCGUUCUUCCUUUUAAUUCAGACAUAAGUAAUUCCAAGGCAGCUUUGUUCCAAGCCCCAAAAUCAAAGCUACAGAAAGACCGGACAAAAGCUGAUGGUGAAGAGACACGUAAAAAAAAUCAAAGUAAGAGAAGAAACACUAGCCUUCUAAAGGCUAGACUACAUAGUGCUGAUUUAGAAAUGAGAAUUGAUUUGCAGACAGCUGAAGAUAUGAAGAAGCAAAUUAAAAUUAGCCCUCAAAUGACACAGACUCCUACCAAACCAAAGAGGGUUGUGUUUCUGGCUGAAAAUGGGCACCUACUUUCUGCGGCCAAAAAAUAUUCCAAAGCAAAAUUUACAAAAUAUUUACCUAAAUCAGGGGAAGACAAGAGCAAAAAUCCUUCAGAAAUUUUGGACGACAUUCUUUCUAAAAAUUCUUCUAAUGAAGAUAAAAAAUAUAUUCCAAGCUUGCUAAAUGAUAUCAGAAUCGAACCCCCAGGCCAGAAACUGCUGGCAGAAACAUUAGACUUGCCUUUCAGUAUUUGUGAGAGUUUUCCUAGUCUUGAUAGGAGUCAGAAUCCUUAUGCAAUGUUACAAAGCAAUGAGAGAGGCCCCAAAGCUAGGGACUCCAUUUCAGAAGCCUCACACAGUGUCAAUAGCUCUGAGACCCACAGAAGAAACACAGAAUCAUUCUUCUCAGCCAAUUAUGUAAACUCAUUGUACAAGACACUCCCAAAUGGAGGAAUGGAGAACCAUCACAUCAAACAGAGAGCAAAGAAAAAAGAGUUUCACUCUGGGUUAGAGGCAGCUGGAAAGGGUAGUUGGAAUAAAGGAUUUGAAGGCAAUAAAUCAGAUUACAUGAGAGAUGGCCCUAGGAAGCCAGUUAAUAAUAAUGAUUUAGCCAUAGAGAAGACUCCCCACCAUGACGAUCCUGAUCCAACUUUGUUCUCUUCAGGGAAGCUACCUUAUGAAGAGGCUCUUUCUUUGGCAGAUUUAGGUAACCAGAGCCUCUCAACUUUGGUUUUAAAAUAUCUACAAGAAGAGGAAGAUGGGCACAAGGCUCUGGUCACUCCAGCAAAUCCAGUGGAGAAUAAGAAACCAAUAUCUUCAGAGCCUGACCCUGAUCCCAAGACUUGGGCAACAUAUACUGAAUGUCCCCAGCAACCUUUAAACACAGCUUGGCCUUGUGUUCCUAAAAACUUGACCAGUGGCCAUGUGAAAGCUACUGGCAGCAAGAGCCUACCUACAUCCUUGGGGCUGGAGUGGUUUCCAGAACUCUAUCCUGGGUAUCUACAUCUGGGAGUGUUACCAGGGAGACCUCAGAAGGGGAAUGUUGAGGUCCAGAAACCUCACCACAACUUAUCAGAAGCAGAAGGAUUCUUACAAGUUCCUCUUUUGGAAAGAAGUCUGAUGGAUAUAAAGAUUGGAAAGCUUCCCUCUUGGCUUACAAUCUCCAACUUCUCUUUAAUGGGGCUGCUGGGAAAAGUACAAAAAGCCUGGAUUAAAUACCCCAAAUAUGGCAGCUUGAAGAAGGGUAGCGUCGGUGGCAUCACCAUGCUCUUUGCUGGAUACUGGGUCCUUUGCCACAGCUGGAGUUUCAAGCACCUGAAGCUUCAGCGUUGGCGCAAGCACCACUGAGCUGGGUCCCAUGCAUGGUGUUAAGAGCCCUUCUGAUAGACUCGGAGAGACGCAGUGAGAACCAAUACAAUUUAUGUAAAAGCUUAAAAUUUCAAUUGGGAAGAGGGGAGGAGGAACAGUAAAGUUCUUGAAGUAUAUUAAAAACAUUACUGCUACAUGUAUAAAUGAUAUCAAAUUGUUUGUGUUUAGGGAGAGGGAAG